UGUUAGGUUCCUUGUCCAGUCUACGUGCGCGGUAUUAUGAAGAGCUUUUCUAAACAAACGCCUGCGAUAUCUCUUACAAGUGAAAAAUCCCAAUCCGAAACCAUUGCACGCCGACACAUGCCAAUCCCGCGUUCUAUCAACCCCAAACAACCCCACUUAGGCGGCUAGACACGGGUGACGUCACCCUCCCCUCCAAGCACUCACUACAGCCCGUCUUGCUGCCUGGUGACCCCUAAAGCCCAAACAAACAAGUUAGUUCACGCAAGUGCCAGCCAGGAUCUACUUGCAUAAGUACUGCCUGCCCUCUACCCCACUAUCCAACUGCAAAACAAUCCAAACACAACAACCUCCACGAUAAGACUACUCUCAAAACUCCGCGCAAGCAAACCCAUACAUCCACACAAGCACUACACCACCAGAACAUCACCGCACAACAUGCCUCUCGUAGUCCCUGGUCUGCAGUCCAAGGACGGAAACUCCAACGAUGACUGGAUGAGCAAGCUCAUGGGCAAGAAGCUUGGGGAUCAACAUGAUGAGAUGACCUUCGCAAAGACAGACCUACCCCAGCAACACCGCGUUCUCAAGCCCGACGAUAUGAAGACUAUGGACAUGCAGCCCGACAGGCUGAACAUUCACGUCGAUAACGAUGGUACUAUCAACAAGGUUACCAAGGGUUAAGCGGCUAGAGUGUGAGGGCAUAUCUAGUGGGAUGACAUGGUGAGGGAUGAAGGCGUGAGGGCAUAGGAAUGUAAGAGCUAGGCCUCAGGGUUGGGCAGAAGACAGCAUAGGACAUAUUGAGUCAAGACACCAUGAGACAUCAGUGCACACGA